GCAGUUGGCCAUAGAGCUGGCAGCAUACCUUCGUCAGUAGAAACAGCAGGAUUACGAAUUCUGCAUCGAGUAACUGUGGCUGGGAAGACUUCACCUUGUAAGAAUGUGAUUUUAGACUGUAGUUUGCAUAGUAACAUGAUACAUAAAUAUUAUUGAACUAAAACUGAUUUUUGUCCCAAAACCAUGUCUUCUCUGCGUCAGAAUGUAUUAAAACAAGGUCUUCCCCCACUACCAGCACAAACCUCUCAACCUCCGUCAGCUAACAGGUUUUCUGUUGGUAGAAAAAAAGAUUACUCAGUGUUGCCGUGGACCAAUUAUUUUGAGGAAGUCAAAGAUGUAAAAAGUGGUGGCAACACUUUUCGUGUUUAUCUGAAGGGAAACACUGGCACAAGGAUCGUCUUUUUACAUGGAGGUGGCUUUUCUGGACUGAGCUGGGCUGUUUUAUCAAAAUGCUUGACAAACUUAAUUGAAUGCCAAUGCAUAGCACCUGAUUUACGUGGUCAUGGUUCGUCGGUCACAGAAGAUGAUUCAAAUCUGUCUUCAGAACAACUGGCAAAUGACGUGUGUGACAUCAUAGAAGAAAUGAAUGAAGAUUGUUCUCCAGUUGUUUUAGUUGGCCACAGUAUGGGAGGAGCUAUUGCUGUUCACACGGCAAUGCAGAACAGACUUCGUUCGUUAGCUGCCCUCAUCAUGAUAGAUGUAGUAGAAGGCACAGCUAUGGCAUCCUUGCACAUGAUGCAUCAAAUUUUAAGGAAUCGGCCACAAGAUUUUGAAUCUGAUGAGAAAGCUAUUGAAUGGUGUGUUCGAUCAGGAUAUAUUAGGAAUCUUGAAUCUGCUCGCGCCUCAAUGAUAGGCCAACUUAAACAAUUGAAAACUGUAGGAGAAACGAGCCAUGCACCAUCAAAUAAUGAGGAUGACGUACAAGGUUCAGCAACUUUACCAACGCCUGGAAGACUAACGUGGAGAACAAAUUUAAAUGCAAGCGCACAGUACUGGGAAGGCUGGUUUAAAGGGCUUUCAACUAACUUCCUCUCUGUAACAGCUCCUAAGCUACUUAUGCUUGCUGCCGUUGAUAGACUGGAUAGAGAACUCACCAUUGGACAAAUGCAAGGAAAAUUUCAAAUGCAGGUUUUACCCAAGAGUGGCCAUGCAGUGCAUGAGGACUGUCCACAAAAAGUGGCAGAUGCCAUUUCCAGUUUUUUAAUAAGACACAAAAUUGUAAAUUCAACAACUUCAAGCGUUCAAUGAUCACAGUGGGUAUUGUACUCUUUAGUUUUAUUAUCAAGAAACUUGGUAAGUUCACUGCACAACUUAUAAACUGGAAGUCCAACUACAUUGUUAUAACAACCUUCGAUUCUCUGGACAAACAUGGCUCCUCGACCUUGGAUUCCAUAAGCACCAGCUUUGUUUCUAGCAAAUCAAUCACAUAUUGUUGAUGGUUUUGCUUUCAAAAUAUUAGUUUUAUGUGUUCAUUAUUUUUUGGGAUACAAAGUGUUUCCAUUUUAAAUACACGAAAAUAAAAUAAAUAUUGCUUAAGUUUUGGA